UUCAUCCUUGCCGUAUGCCUCGCCGUUAUCUCAUAUACCGUUGCAACGCUCCACAACCUCCCGGCGCCCGACUUCCCAGCCAUCCCACCAUGGCAGACACUCUAUGACAUCGCCACCGGACUGACACGAGCGGACUCAUACGACCGACGGAUUCGCCCAGUGGUCGAAAAGCCUGGCGCCGUGAACUUGUGGCAUGGGGGCCGCUGGGUCGUGGUGGUGACGCGCCCGGAGCUGAUUGCCCAGGUCUUCCGCAACGACGGGAUCUUCGCCAAAGGCGGAAACAUCAAGAAGCUGCCCUACAGCUCCUUUGCGCGCAUCUUCGGGGUUAACAUCAUCGACUCCCAUGGCGCCCUUCACGACUCUUUCACGGAAAUCAUCAAGCCGGGGCUACAGCGCCGAUUCGAUCUCAACCCCGCGCGACAAAGCUCGCAACAGCUAGCGCAAAUCCUGCUGCGGCAGCAAGCGCACCGCCCAGGGUCGGGGGUAGAAGUCCAACACCCGACUCUGGACUGGGCUAUCGACGUCGUCGCCGACAGUUUCUUGGAUUUGACUCCCGGCCAGAUCGCGAAAUAUCGUGCGGGAUUGCACGAGGCAAUGCAUCGGUUUGUUACCGGGGUCUCGACGAAGCUGCAGACGUUGAUUUACAGUGUCGUUCCGGGUCUGGAGCGUUGGCCUUGGCUGAUGCCGUCGGGCGACUAUGGCAUCCGCAUUGUGGACACGCUGGAGGCCCGGAUCCAGGAUCUUGCAGCGAUUAAUUCCAAGGAUGCCGUCCUCGUGGAGAAACAACAAGAAGUACCCACCGAAUCCAAUGACGAUAAGCUGAUCCAUCGAAUGCGACACGCAUUGAGAAAGGGGGAUAUAUCCGAGUACCACUUCCGCUGCAACCUCAACCAGCUCUUCAUCGCCGCGGUGGAGAACAUCGACAUCGUGCUCAAUUCCGCCAUGUGGGAGCUGGGGAAGAAUCUCACCCUCCAGGAACGGCUGCGCCAGGAGGUCGUCGCGAUGCUUUUACAGCGAAGGCAUGGGUACGGUGAAAGCGACCUCGAUGCGCUCCCGCUCCUCACAGCCACCAUCUACGAGGUUCUCCGGCUGUACCCGCCUCUUAUCAACCUGAUCAACCGAUACACGACGGAACCCGUCUGCCUCGGUACCGAGAGCAGUAGCCCAAUUCCCGCAGGGACCUGGGUCGGCUGGCACGCGUACGGCACGCACACUGACCCAAGUGCGUGGGGACCCUCCGCUCGCGAAUUCGACCCCGACCGCUGGGGAAGCGACCCGGUCGCGAUCAACAUGUUUCGGUCGAUGCAGGUCAAGGGGAAGUAUCUCCCGUUCACGACCCAUGCCCGACGGUGUUUGGCAAGUAAGUUCGCGAUCACCGUGCUCAAAGUCGCCCUCUGCGAGUUACUUCUUAGCGUGGAAUGG